CACACGUCUGCAGCGCAGCGCAACACCGCAUCUCGAAAUUUUCCAGAGGAGCCUGGGAGUCAAUCAAGUGUGAUCUUUCCUACGAUUCCUCAUGUAGUUCCUAAGAAGUGGGAAUUUCGAUUUUCUUCAAAGUACUGGAAUUUGAAGACUUCACGAGUAACAGCUGGAAUCAAGACAUCAGAAUGGAUAGUUAUAUCUUCCUACCUUUUAUGCUGGGAAUUCCUUUCCUGUGGCCUUGUCUUCAGGCUACAGAAAACUCUAAAACAGAGAAGGUUAAGCAACCAGUGGGAUCUCACCUAAGAAUGAAGCGUGGCUGGGAGUGGAAACAAUUUUUUGUACCAGAGGAAAUGAACUCAACUAAGCAUCUCAUUGGACGGAUAAGAUCUGACUUAGAUAAUGGAAACAACUCUUUCCAGUACAAACUUUUGGGAGUUGGAGCUGGAAGUAUUUUUGUCAUUGAUCCAAACACAGGUGACAUAUAUGCCCAACAGAAGCUUGAUAGAGAAAAGCAAUCCCUGUACACCCUGAAAGCCCAUGUAACAGACACUAAGACUGGAACGAAUGUGGAACCUGAGUCUGAGUUUGUCAUCAGAGUUUCAGAUAUCAAUGACAAUGAACCAAAAUUCCUACAUGAACCAUAUGUGGCCAGUGUGCCUGAGAUGUCUCCGGAAGGAACAUGUGUCAUCCAAGUGACAGCAAGUGACGCAGAUGACCCUGCUACAGGCAAUAAUGCUCGUCUCCUCUACAACUUAGUACAAGGCCAACCAUAUUUUUCUGUUGAACCAACAACAGGAAUCAUAAGAAUAUCUUCCAAAAUGGAUAGAGAACUACAAGAUGAGUACUGGAUAAUUAUUCAAGCCAAAGACAUGAUUGGGCAGCAUGGAGCACUGUCUGGAACAGCAAGUGUAUUAAUAAAGCUUUUAGAUAUUAACGACAAUAAACCUAUAUUUAAAGACAGUUUUUAUCGUCUAACUGUCUCUGAAUCUGCACCUGCUGGGACAACUGUAGGAGUAAUUAUAGCAUAUGAUAAUGACAUAGGAAAAAAUGCAGAAAUGGAUUACCUCAUUGAAGAUGAUUCUCAAACAUUUGACAUCAUUACCAAUAAUGAAACCCAAGAAGGAAUUGUUAUAUUAAAAAAGGAAGUGGAUUUUGAGCAGCAGAACCACUAUGGCAUUAGGGCUAAAGUUAGAAACCGCCACGUAGAGGAGAAGCUCAUGACUUACCACAUGGAAACUUCCACCACUUACAUUAGGGUCCAAGUGGAAGAUGUUGAUGAGCCUCCUGUUUUUCUCAGCCCCUAUUAUGUAUUUGAAAGUUUUGAAGGAACCCCACAUGGCUCACACAUAGGCAUAGUGUCUGCCACAGAUCCAGACCAAAGGAAAUCACCUAUCAGAUAUUCUAUUGCCAGAAGCCAAGUGUUCAGUGUCCAUGAAAAUGGGACCAUCGUCAACAUUGACCAUCUUGACCGGGAGAUCAGUGCUUGGUACAACCUAAGUGUCACAGCCACAGAAAGAGACAAUGUACGACAGAUCUCUUCCAUCCCAGUGUAUGUACAAGUGCUCAAUAUUAAUGAUCAUGCUCCCGAGUUCUCCCAAUACUAUGAGACUUAUGUCUGUGAAAAUGCAGAGAAUGGCCAGAUAAUCCAGACCAUCAGUGCAGUAGAUAGAGAUGAAUCCAUAGAAGAGCAUCAUUUUUACUUUAACCUCUCAUUGGAAGACAUUAGCAAUUCAAGUUUUACAAUCAGAGAUAAUCAAGAUAACACGGCUGUAGUUUUGACUAACAGAACUGGCUUCAGCCUUCAAGAAGAGCCUGUCUUCUACAUCCCUAUUCUAAUCGCUGACAAUGGAAUUCCACCUCUUACGAGUACAAACACCCUGACGAUAUAUGUUUGUGAUUGUGACGACAACGGGAAUGCUCAGAUGUGCAGUAACAAAAAAUUAAGUUUUUCCAUGGGAUUUGGGGUAGAAGUCAUCAUUGCGAUUCUGAUCUGCACCAUGGUAAUAUUUGGAUUUAUAUUUUUCAUGUUGGCUCUAAAACAACGCAGAAAACAGACUCUAUUUCCUGAGAAAAGUGAAGAUUUCAGAGCAAAUAUAUUCAGAUAUGAUGAUGAGGGGUGUGGAGAAGAAGACACAGAGGCCUUUGAUAUUGUAGAGCUGAGAAACAGCACCAUGAUGCGGGAGCGGAAGGCUCGGAGAACCACCAGCGCUGAGAUCCGGAGUCUGUACAGGCAGUCUUUGCAGGUGGGCCCAGAUAGUGCUGUGUUCAGGAAAUUCAUUCUUGAAAAGCUAGAGGAAGCAAACACUGAUCCAUGUGCCCCUCCCUUUGAUUCACUUCAGACCUUUGCCUUUGAGGGAACAGGAUCAUUAGCUGGCUCCCUGAGCUCCCUGGGAUCGGUAAUCAUUGAACAGGACGAAAAUUUUGAUUAUCUCAGUGACCUGGGACCUCGCUUUAAAAGAUUAGCAUACAUGUUUGGUUCUGCAGUGCAGUCCAACAAGUGAAGUUUCAGAGCACCACGAUUCGAAACAUGUGGCACAAUGGGAGUCUUUUGUUUGACAGACUUGUGUGCUUUGCUUGAGGGUGAGGUCUCCUACUUUACAGUUUUUUACAUACCUGGAAUAAAUGCCCCCAAGGUUUUUUUCCAGGCACCCACAUUUUGUCUUUGAACAAAACAUUGGAAGCUACAUUAACAAUGAGAUCUUGGAUGCCAGUGCAAACUAAUCAUCUACAACAGAAAAUUUUGCCUACAUUUUUUGAUAUCUAUUGUUAAUAUUUGUGAAGGGCUAAUGUUAUAAAGGCUCUAAAUUAGACUAUCUUAAUAUUAUUGACAUUAUCUCUGUUUUUAUUCUCAUAGCAUAAGAAUAAAGAGUUUGUGUGUGUUAAGUCGCUGAUACUAUACAGAAAUAAAAAUUAGCACCUAGAAGAAUCUGGGUGCCUAUACAGUGUGAAAAUAUUUACUUAAUAUGGACAAGCACGUUUCUGAAUGAGAUUCUGUGAAUCAUGUUUGUUUGAUAUUUUUAAAUAUUUGCCAAAAAUCACUGUUUAAAAGUUAUUUCAAAUUUCUGUAGAUAUUUGGUAUAUAUGAAUUUACCUGAGGCACAAACUAUAAAUUUGUAUUUUGUUGAUAUUAUAGCUUUAUAAAAAAGAGCAAGAAAAUAUGCUUACAUUCAUAAGCAACCCAAAAUACACUUUUUACAUGUGAAAAUACAAUGGCUAGUUGCAUGUCAGAAUUUACUAAUUAUUAGAUUAAACUUUAUAAAAUUGGUGAAAAUUGUGAAAAUUUUAAAUAGAUUUUUUAUUUCUUCUAAAGUUAUAUAGAUAAAUUAAAG